CUUUGGGGGGAAACGAGCGAGCUCGGCUCUGAGAGGGGCAGGAAUGGUGCUGGCGGGACCGGGGAUCAUUGUAGAAAGCUUCCGGACAAUUCACUGAGACGGUUCACCGUCAGAGUGCCUGAAGUGGGGGUCACAGGAUGAUGGACAAGGAAGAGAGCUUCCAGUGUCAGCCUCUGUCUCUGACAUUUACCAUCGACAGUAUUCUGAAAGCCGGCCCCAAAUGCAAAGAGCUCAGGCACGACCGUGCAAAGCAGCAAGUCACGUCGGCGUCAGAAUUCAAAUCACGGCAUGAAGUGGUCAGGACGGACAUGAGACAGGGCAAGGACCACAGGAAAACAAGUCAAGAGACAAUGAACGGCAGCUAUCUCACCUCCUCCUCCUCGCUCGAAUUCACCACGGACGCAAACCAUUCGGUAAAAAGCCCGGAAUCUUACGAAUCGUUCGAAACGGCGGAUCACAGCGACGAUUCGGGCCGAGUCAAACACAACAAGAAAGCCAAAGUGCUCGCGAAAAAGAAGACGCGCACGAUAUUUUCCAAGAGCCAGAUCUUCCAGCUCGAGUCGACGUUUGACAUGAAGCGAUAUCUGAGCAGCGCCGAGCGCGCUUGCCUAGCGAACUCUCUGCAACUCACCGAGACCCAGGUGAAGAUCUGGUUCCAGAACCGCAGGAAUAAACUGAAAAGGCAACUGUCCGCCGAACUGGAGGUCACAAACAUCACCGAAACUGCCCCCAAGAUAGUCCAGAUGCCAGCAAUGUACAAAGAGAGCAGUUUUCUGCGGAGAUGUUUAUUACCAGUGUCUUUCCCUGUCCUGUACCCCGGGAGCAGCACGCCUUAUCUUUGUUUCCCUGACACCCGCAAAUAUGUCCAUGUCGUGGACGCGGACCUAUAAUCAAGUAAAGCAGUGCUUAACUGUAUCUGAGGAACUUUUAGUGGUCGCUUAGUCACUGUUUAUACUGU